AUGGAAGAGUUCGAGAUAUUAGAUUUUAAUGAACUUUAACAAGAGUAGAAAGGAAUAGAUAAGGCAGCAAAAUUUUUGUAAAAGAAGUUAUAAAAUGGAUUUAAAAUCAGUAUAGUGAUUAAAAAAUAACAUAAUUUUGCUUUGCCUCCUUUGCAAUAAAAGAAAAAUGAUUUAUUCUCUAAACAACAUCAACCUAUCGAUAUAGUAUAAUUUAACUUAAUAAUAGAUUAGUUAAAGUUCUGAGUAAACUGAGCACAAUGAUAAAUAAGGUUCUUCAACAUCUUCACAUUCUAGUAUCAAAAUGAAUAAGAAAUUAACUGUUCCUCCAACUUAACAUUAAACACCCCAAUUAGAUUAAGAUGAAUAGAAAAGUGAAAAAUCUGAAAAUGAUUAAAUUUCUUUCUAUUAGAACAUGAAUAACAGUUUUGAACAUUCUCUAAAAGAUAAUUUAUUAAGUCAAAAGAUUCAAACAGGAUUGUUAUUCAUGAGAGAUGGUAAUACAAAAGUAGCUUUAGAGAAGAUGAUGGAUGUGUAUAAAGAUGGAAAUGACUAAUUAAAAUAAUGUUAGGAUUAAUAAUAAAUUUCAGUAUUAAUAAUAAUUUGCAUUUAAUCGCUUUGCUAUGCAUCCCAAAUAUUUAGGGAGUUGGGACAAUUUAGUGAAGCUUAAAAGUAAUAAUUCAUAUUUAUAUUAUAGAUGUUUAGAUAAAUGUUUAAAUUAAUUUGAGAUUAAUGACUUUGAUUUAUUAUGCUAAAUAUAUAUUGCAAAGGCACAAUGUUGUUUACUCAAUAAUUAAUAUUUAUAAUCUCUAGAUUAUUAUACAAAAGCAUUAAUACAUUAUGAAUAAGUAAAUUGGAAGUUGGAAAUUGCAAAAUUAUUAGUUAAAAUAUCUUUUGUGUAUGCUUUAUUAAGUAACUUUAAAUAAUUUAAAUAAAGAUGAUUUUGUUGAUGCAAAGAAGAUUUGUUAUGAAGGAUUGUCAAUUUUAUAAAGUAAACUCUCACAUUCUGACUAAAGAAUAUAUGAAACUUAUUAUACUUUGGGAUGUAUCUAUUAUCUUGAAAAAGAAUAUGAUUUCGCUUUAGAAUAUUUAGAUUAAUCUAAGGAUGGAUAUAUUAAAUUGUAAUAAUCAUUUUUAAUUAGGUAUGGCGAAAAACAUAUUAACAUUAUAAAGAUUCUCAAUUUAUAGGGUGUGAUCAACCAUUUAUAAGGAAAUAGUAGUAAUGCUAUGGAAUUCUAUGAAUAGAUUGUAUGUUUAUAUGGGUAUAUUACAUUAUUAUAUUAAUAGAGACUCUUAAAAUAUUGGAUUAGCAUUAGUAUUGAAUAAUCUAGCCUUGGCUUAUUUAGAUAGAAUGAAAUUUAAAAGUGCAAAGUUGUCUUUUGAAAAAGCAACAGCUAUUUUGAAAUUAUAUCUCAAUGAAUAACAUCCUACUUUUUAAAGAAUCGAAAAGAAUAAGAAACUUGUUGUAGCGGCUACUUUAUCUUAUAUAUGA